CGCUAAAACCCUAUUCUGCUUUGGUUGGAAACUGGAGCUGUCAUCGGAUGGUAAAAAUGGCGUCUUUGAUCUCCGAGACAGUCCCAAAAUUCACUGCCGAAACGCUGAAGCUAGCCGCUAAACAAUCCGAGCGCUGCCACAUCGUCCCCGCACGUCUCCGGGACGCGAUUGAUAAGUAUAUCAAAGAGCAAGAUGUUAUGCAUAUGAGGAGGAAGGUGCUGAGCUUGUCGCAAUCUUUCAAUGGAAUUAAGGAAGUAAACUUGCUUCUGCCUACCUCGACCUCGAAGGAGUUGGUGGAAGAUCCACUCAAGUCUAUGGAGCGUACUCAGAGAUGGAAACUAAAGACUGCUUAUGGUGACAUUGGUCUUAAAUACCAAGAAGAUCAGACUGUAGCAUAUGUUGCAGCUCGAAUGCCUGCUGUGUAUUCUGCUCUACACCGGGUUCUUGGCGAGGUGAGAAGAAGAGUUCCAGAUUUUACUCCAGCUAAAGUACUUGAUUUUGGGGCAGGAACUGGUUCGGCUUUAUGGGCAAUGAUGGAGGUUUGGCCUGGGUCUGUAGAGAGGAUUAAUUUGAUUGAGCCAUCACAAUCAAUGCAAAGAGCAGGACAGAGCCUAAUCAAAGACUUAAAAAAAUUGCCACUUAUUCAUAGCUAUGAUAGCAUCCAAUCAUUGAGUAAGAAAAUCAAUAAGUCUGGCAGAAGACACGAUCUUGUUAUUGCUUCAUAUGUUCUUGGAGAGAUACCGUCAUUGAAGGACAGAAUAACACUGGUACGCCAGCUCUGGGAUCUUACAGAUGACAUCUUGGUUUUGGUUGAACCUGGAACACCACAAGGAUCAAAUAUCAUAUCUCAAAUGAGAUCACACAUCUUAUGGAUGGAGAAGAGGAGAACUCGAAAAUUACAAAAUGCAGCCAGUAAGUCCUCUAAGAAUGUGAUGACACUCAAAACUGGUGCAUUUGUAGUUGCUCCAUGUCCCCAUGAUGGACCUUGUCCAUUGCAAAAUACUGACAAAUACUGUCACUUUGUUCAACGAUUGGAGAGGACGCCUUCUCAGAGAGCAUACAAGAGAUCCAAGGGCCCUUUGCGCGGCUUUGAAGACGAAAAAUUUUGCUAUGUUGCCUUGCGACGAGGAAUGCGACCAAGGGAAUCUUGGCCACUCGAUGGUAUGACAUUCGAAACGUUGAAGCAGAUGCAGGCUAAUAGAGUACCGGAGAAUUUGGAUAUUGACGAGGAUGAGGAAAGCCAAUUUGGUGCUGAAGAAGUUCCCGACUAUCAUUAUGAGGAGCAGGAGGAUCUUGACUCUGCAGCUGAAUAUGAUCUAGAAAAUUCGGAACCGGAUGCAACGGCUUCUGAUGACGAAAAAGAAACAGAACCUCGCGCUGAUCUGGGGAGUGGUUGGGGGAGAAUAAUUUAUAUGCCCUUCAGGAGGGGUAAACGAGUCGAACUAGAUGUGUGUCGAGCUACCAAUGCCGAGGGUACUGAGGGGUCCUUUGACCGGAUUGUCCUCACGCAAAGGAACAGCCCGGCGUUGCACCAUCAAGCGCGUCGAUCGAUGUGGGGCGACUUGUGGCCGCUUAGGAGCGGGAAACACUCCAAAUUCUUCAUGUAAGUUGAAUCUAAAAUAUAUUGUGCUAUUAUUUCCUUUCUUGACUAGAUAUUUGAAAAUAAAAAAAUUUAAAAAAAUUUAAAAAAAAGGGCAAAUUUAAUUCAUUUACAAAAUAAAUGUUUGUUUUGUUUGAAUUUCUUAACCACCUUUUAACGGCUUACUUGCCGUAUUUGUUACCUUCUCGUGUUGAUGGUUAUCAAGCUCAAAUUGUGAAAGAUCAAGUAAUGAUUUUAUUAUUAUUAUUAUUAUUAUUAUUAUUAUUAUAAAA